AUGACCGAUCGGUCUGCGAAUGACUCCAUCCAACGAGUGAUUUCAGCAAAAGACGAUGACGGACUCGAAGCAAUCGUUACAAACGAUGAAGGAGUCGUGAUAGAUCCAGUGUUUGGCAAGAUUCCCGAAGAUGGGCCUAGAUACCGUGAUAUGGGUUGGCUCGGAGCCAGCAUCCUGAUGAUGAAGACGCAGAUAGGAAUUGGUGGUCUCUCGGUCCCACAAUCGUUCAACACUCUCGGCCUCAUUCCUGGCAUCAUUGCUCUCACCGGCUUCGCCAUCAUCACGACGUGGUCCAACUGGAUGAUAGGAAAGUUCAAGAGGAAUAACCCAGGAGUAUAUGGUAUUGAGGACGUCGGAAAGCUCUUGUUCGGACGCCUUGGCCGCGAGCUGUUUCAAGGAGCCUACCUCCUCUACUACAUAUUCGUCGGAGGUUCGGCGUUCAUCUCCGUUGCCACUGGGUUGGAUGCACUCUCUGAUCAUGGCGUAUGCAAUGCAGUCUUCAUUGGCGUUGCGGCUGCCUGCGGCUUCUUCCUGGCUUCCAUCGAAACCCUUUCGAAAAUCAGCUGGAUUGCAUGGUGUGGAAUAUUCAGCAUCCUAGUGUCAAUCUUCACCCUGACGGUCUCUGUGGGCGUGCAGAAUCGACCAGCAGCAGCUCCUCAGUUCGGUCCUUGGUCGUCUGACUGGAAGCUGGUAGGAAACCCGAAGUUUGCUGAAGCCAUGUCAGCGAUUGCAGCCAUCAUAUUUUCCUUCUCGGGGACUGCCGCCUUCUUCCCCAUUGCUGCGGAGAUGAAAGACGAAAGGAACUACUUCAAAGCCAUGUACCUCUGCCAGGCCGUGGUAUACGUCGUCUACUUGGUCAUUGGGAUUGUCGUAUAUUACUUCUGUGGCUCAUAUGUAACCUCGCCAGCUCUCGGCUCCGCUGGACCAGUUUUGAAGAAAAUCUGUUACGGGAUUGCUCUUCCAGGCUUGUUGGUCACAACUACGAUCGUAUGCCACCUGCCUGCAAAGAGCUUGUUUGUCCGGUCCCUGAGAGGUAGCCAACACCUGACAACAAGAACGCGGACUCAUUGGAUGGUCUGGUUCUCCUGCGUUUUCUCGGUCAUUAUUAUAGGAUACGUGAUCGCAAGCGCCAUACCCGCAUUCAAUGGCCUUGUAUCUUUGAUUGGAGCCGUUCUUGGCACGCCCAUCUGUAUCACAGCAUAUGGUGCAAUGUGGUUCUACGACAACUGGCAGUUCCGUAGGCGAGCUGAUCGAGGCACCUGGUGGAUAGUGGGUGCUGGGUGGGCUGCUUUCGUCACCAUUGUCGGAUUCUACUGUAUGGUAGCCGGCACAUAUGGGGCCGUCAAAGAUGUCGAAGAUCUCUAUGCGUCGAGCAACUUCAAGUCAUGCAAUGAAACGAGAAAUGGUCUUUAG